AGGAAUUCUGGCUUAGCAAGUGACGCUUCUGGUUUUCGUCUAAGCUCAUUUCUUAAACCAGGUACCGGUAUAAAGCCUAUAAUUUGGACGGGGAGCAGAGAUUCGUGUUUUGAUACAUGCAUUAGCAGACGUAUUCAGUGUCUGUGAUCAGGAAUGAUUUGAUGCAGAGUACCAGUCGUUGCUUUUGAGACUAAACACAGAUAACAAGAACAGAUAAAACACAGGAACGUGGAACCAUGAGCCUCAGUGUUGGUGGUUACCAUCCCGGGUACGCACAUCCGGGUCCUAUGGGUGUGACGUCUGCGCACGAGUUUUACGCGGCUCAGUACCCAGGACAGGCUGUAAGAUACCCGGAUUACAAUGUCAGUGAUAGGACUUAUUUUCAUAACUGGGUCCUUAGUGGUACCCCGGAGAUUCCAAUGUCCCCAGAAUCGUACGGACACACGCACGGACAGGCGGACAUGUUAGCACAUAUACCAUAUGAUGCAUAUCAGAACCCAUUCGCACCAGAACGAUGUGUGAAAAGAAAAGUUAAUGCUAGUAAAAAGGAAAGAAGACGGACGCAAAGUCUAAAUAACGCUUUUACAAAUUUAAGAGACUGUAUACCGAAUGUUCCGUCUGACACAAAAUUGUCAAAAAUAAAGACAUUAAGGCUAGCUAUCUCAUACAUUUCCUACUUAAUGGAUAUAUUAAAGAAGGAUGAUCCUAAAUUGACAGAGAAAGGUUUUAAAGCCGAGAUUUCACGAAAACGAGAAAGACACCAUAUAGACAUGGAUAAAAUACGCAAAAUGGAUAAACCCUCUCCAAAAGAAGAAGACGAAAAUGUUUCACCAUCUCAGAGCAAGAAGGACAAAAGGAGUGGCUGGCCAGAGCAUGUUUGGGCAUCAGAACUAAAGACAUCCGAAUGAAGCGUUAAACAAAUUACGAACGAGGCUCACGUGACUUGCAGGAUCAUGAAAAACUGGAAGGAGGUUUGGAGGAACGAAUUUCUGUGCCAUUUCAGUAUUUUGACGUAACUAAAAUAAUUGUAUUCAAUAGAUGGGACCAAAAUAUUUAUGAAGAGACAAAUGAUCAUUUUAUUAGUCUGUGGUUAAGUGAGAAUAGUGUUUAAACGUUGAAUAUUAGAAAAGAAUAAAAACGUUUUCAAUGCAGCUGGAUUAACUAAAAAGAGUGAGUGUAUACAAAAAGAGAAAUUAUGUAAUGCGAAGAAAAAAUUGUUUCACUGUUCAUUUUCAGGACUCUAAAAGACUCGUUGUUGUGGUUAUAUUAUUGUUGUUAAAAUGUUGAAUUUUAAUCAAUUUAUGCUAAUAUUUUACACUUAUUUUAAUUUAUAUUUAGAAGCAAUAAAAUAUAUAACUUGU